AUGUCUACAGAACUUCCGCAGGGCGUUGAUCAACAAGAUUCCCGUUUGGAAGUGGAUGAUGAGACUCAGUGCCAAAUGAGUUCCCCCGUGGAGCUGUUGGUGAAGACGCCGUUCCCAUGCGCUCCGUUCAGGGUGACGGCACCGGCGCAGCCCGUGGCAGCCGCGGUGGGGCAGGACGUGGUGCUGCCCUGUCGCCUGGCACCGGAGCAGAGCGCCCGGGCCAUGGAGGUGACGUGGUUCCGGGGUCACUUCUCGCCCUUCGUGCACCGCUACAAGGCGGGAACGGACCAGCACGUGGAGCAGAUGGCGCAGUACCAAGGGCGCACGGAGCUGCUGCGCGACGGCCUCGACAACGGCAGAGUGGACCUGAAGAUCUUCGGCAUCCGACUGUCCGAUGAAGGGAAUUACACUUGCUUCGUUCACGCCGAUUCGGACUACGAGGAAGCUGUCCUGGAGCUGAAGGUGACAGCUGCUGGUUCAGCACCGCUCAUCUCGCUGCAGAGCUACGAGUCCGGGGGCAUCCGCGUGUCGUGCCGGGGCUCCGGCUGGUACCCGCGGCCCCAGGUGCAGUGGACGGAUAACCAGGGCCAGCUGCUGCCCCCGGCCUCCCAAAACGUCGCUCGGGACGAGAACGGCCUCUUCGAGGCUGAGAGCGCCGUGGUCCUGAGCCGGGCUGCAAACCAGCGGCUCUCCUGCUCCAUCCGGGACACCCUGCGCCACCACGAGAAGCGCUCGGCUUUUUCCGUGGCGGAUCCCUUUUUCCAAAACGCCCAUCCGUGGAAGAUUGCCUUAAGUUUGGUCUCGGUCUCCGUGGUUGCACUCUCCAUUGCCACCAUUUUUCUAUUUAAAAUUAAAGGAAAGCACGAGAAAAAAAUCGCAUUGCAGGCAGAGGCGUUGAGUAACCGUGAUGCAGAGAUUGAGGAACAAGCUGCAGAAUUGGCAUGGAGAAGAUACACGGCGCCUAUAGAAGAGGCAAAUGUGAUUCUGGAUCCAGACACGGCCCAUUGUGACCUUGUCCUGACUGACGACUGCAAAAGCGUGACGCGAAAAGACGUCCCGCAGAACCUCCCGGACAUCCCCGCGAGGUUUAUGCCGUGGCGCUGUGUGCUGGGCCGCGAAGGCUUCACCUCGGGGAGAUACUACUGGGAGGUGGAGGUGGAGGAUGGUGGAGGAUGGACGGUGGGGGUGUCUAGAGAAGACGUGAGAAGGAAGGGCGACAUCGAGUUCAAACCAGAGGAGGGCAUCUGGGCAGUGGGGAAGUGGGCAGGUCAAUUCCAAGCUCUGACCUCCCCUCAACGCACUUUCUUUUCCGAAAUCCGGAGUCCCAAGCGGAUACGGGUGUCCCUGGAUUACGAAGAGGGUCGGGUGGCAUUUUUCAGUGUUGAUGAGAAGACUCCCGUCUUCACAUUUCCACUGGUGCCAUUCAACGGGAUAAGAAUCUUCCCGUGGGUCUGGCUGGGUCCUGGGACAAAGCUCAAAAUGUGUCCCUGA